CACAUACAUACGCACAUAUAAGAAACCAAUGAUGGCGCAUAGGGAAUUUUCGUGAAAACGCCAAAGCAACAGAAACAAGUAAAUAUAACAUGAGUAUAGCGCACAAAUAAUUUAGGCUAGCUGAUGAAUUAGGAAUAACACUCACUGUAAAGCUUUAAACUCAAGCAGCGCAACAAAAUGGAAAUGACAAACGGGCACGGUCGGUCUAUUGUUCGCGCCUCCUCUGCGCCCGACCCAAAAUAUUCAAAAUAUAACCGCUGCACAGAGCUGCGUCGCGUCGACGACAACGAUAUCUAUAAACUGGCUAAAAUACUGGAUGUGAACAGCUGCUGGCGUAAGCUGAUGUCCAUCAUACCGAAGCGCCUGGACGCACAAGCUUGCAGCGCUGCAGGAGCGCUUAAUUACCAAGAAAUUUCCACAAACGUGGGGCUUAAGUACACUGCCCAAGAAAUAAGCCUGAUUGAUGCAGAGCGUUUGUCGGCCGGCCAAAGCAUAUCACAGGUUAUGAUUGAUGAGUGGAAAACCUCUGGCAAGCAGAACGAACGACCCACGGUUGGUGUAUUACUGCAGUUGCUGGUGCAUUCUGAGAUUUAUAGUGCUGCCGAUUUUGUAGCAACCCAUUUCCUCAAUGAACCAAAACCAGAUCGGCCUGUUGAUGGCCCAGCAGCGCACAUUAGCCUUGAUCUGUGUAGUGGGGAUCUAAGUGAAGACAUGGAGGUAGAUGAAGGUGCCAGCUUUCAGCCGAAUACAUCGGCCCUAAAUGCAGCUGCUGCCCAGGGACGUGGCACUGGUAUGAACUUGGAUUACUUUGACAAACAUAUGGUUAGGCGUGACAAAAGCGUGCCACAACAGUUGGAGAACGGGGCUUCUAGUUCAGUGCCUGUAGCACCGCCGCGUGUGUUAAAAAUUUCGCGUCAGCAAAGAAACACGGACAGCAAUGCUGUGCCGACAACAAAAACAACAACCAAUACUGUCUCAUCUGCAUCUAUAACACCGAACAUGCCUAAUCUAUCGAUUCUGAAUGCUAGAAGCGAAGAGCUGGCGCCUGCUAAUGAACAAGUGCAGCAGCAACUGCAAAAUAUACCAAACGUAUCUAUACUCAAUGGCAUUUCCGAGCCGCUCUCAUCUGUAGCAACAACAUCCAUUUCACUGGAUGCUGUACAACAUGAUAGCAGCAGUAAUGGCAGUUCAAUGGCAAGCACAUCUACAACGGUGCCAAAUGUGCCAUUGAUAACGCUUUUAAUUAAAAAUACCAAUUCGGUGAUAAGCAAUACAUCUGAAGCUACCACUGCUACAGCCAGUACAACAAAAUCGUCAACAAUACCGGAAAAGAGCGCGUUGAGCUAUAACAAUUUCCCCAAGAUAAGCGCAUUAAAUUUGAAUACGCGCAGUGACUCUAUAGCAGCUGUAGAAGAAGUAAAUGGAGUUGCAUCUCAUUAUGAUAAUGGCGGGGGCGACAAUCACAGCAGUGGCACAAAUAGUCUGAGUAAUAAUGACGACAACGAUGAUGAUGAUGACGAUGACAACGAUGAAGCAAACUUUGAUCAUCCCAACUCCAACAAUGACUCCAGUCUGACAACUGUUACCGGGACCAGCGGCGAUAAUAGCUUUGAGCUUACCAACGACUCAAGCUCAACCUCAAAUGACGAUUACACUCACAACAUUCCCAAUUUAAGUGAACUUCAGGAGUAAAUCAGCCCGUCCAUUAAAGAGCAAUAGUCAACUUUUUAAAAGCCCAACGCAGACAUUCCUUUAAUCAUCAAAUAAAUAUGUAUAUACAUAGAAUGUAAAUGAUUGCAUAUGAUAACCUAUCUUGGUUUGUAAUGCUAAAUUUUAGUUUGUAUAUAAACUCGGAAGCAUGUAAUACAUACAAAACUAAUGUUACUGGACAUUCCAUGACAGCAGACAAUGUCAUUUGUAAAAAUAAUCAUGGUUUAAAAUUAAUUUUACACUCUAAUAUACAAAUA